AUGCCAGCGGUUCAGAAUAUGUACGGUCGUGCUCAGCAGCCUUCGUGCUGGGAUCGAGUCAAGUACGGCUUCAUGAUGGGUGCAUGUGUCGGCCUAGCAUCUGGUGGACUGUUCGGUGGAUUCCGAGCACUAAGCAUGGGACUGCGCGGUCGUGAGCUGAUCUCCUCGGUAACAAAAGUAAUGGUUCAAGGCGGUGGCACAUUCGGCACCUUCAUGGCCAUCGGCACUGCCAUUCGGUGCUAG